AUGGACGACUACUUUGCCAAGAUUACCGACUCGGUGAACGAGCGCGACCUGCCAUUGACGGUCUGGCUGCCGCACUCGUCCGGCCCGGACUUCGUGAACGCCUCCUUCAACGAGUACCCGAUCAACAAGAUUAUCCUGUCGGGCAAGCUGGGCUCGAACUGGUAUCCGCUGCGCCACUGGCUGGGCACCUACCAGCAGGAGCACCGGGGUGUCAUGGACUUGUAUCAGCACUCAGGCUACUACGUAGCCGACAACCAGUCGGCGAUUUACGCGUCCUACCUGCGCUCGUACCGCACGGCCAUCACCACGACGCUGAUCUUCCAGUACGUCAUCGCCAAGAUCUUCGAGAUCCCGUCGACGGGCGCGCUGCUGGCCGUGAACCGCGACGUGGCGCCACUGCUCGCGGCGCUGGGUAUGAAUGAGGGCGAGCACUACGUGGGCUUCGAUCGGCGGGACCCGGAGGCGAUCAUCUGGUGGGUGAACGACGCUCGCAACUGGCCCGAGAUCGACCGGAUCCGCCGCGCAGGGAUGGAGCUCGUGCGGGAGCGGCAUCUCGUGGCCAACCGCGUCAAGGCGCUGGACCUGUUCAUGACGGAGGGCGAGGCCGUGUACCAGAACCCGCCGACGCUGCACCUGACGAGUCCGUGUCCGUCCAGAGCGCUGCCCGACGAGAGCGCGUGCCAGGCGCGGUUCGACCGCGAGUCGUUCUACAAGUGCGACCGCUGGUUCUGCGGCGCGCACUCGCUGCUGCCGCUCUGGAGCUAG